AUGGCACCACAGGCAUAUCACCUCUCCUCAGAUUCUGCACGACUUCUACCCAGCCAGCCCUUGAUAAACAGCAGGUCACACAUUCAAACUCUGAAAAGCGCGCCGACAUUGAAAAGAAUCGAUACCCUAGAACUGCCGAUCAUGGACCGAGAAUUCCUGGAGAAGAUGCUUCGACCACUAGCCUACACCAACGUCACAAAGACGAUCCACAGACAAGCAUACCCUGCGCUAUCACCCUCGAACCCCGAAUUCAGCCAAGCUGGUAAAGUUAUCCUAAUCCCCGGUGGUGGCACCGGCGUCGGCCUGAACAUUGCCAAGGCAUUUGUGCAGGCCUCUGCCGCCACGGUGAUCAUCAUCGGCCGGCGUGGCGACGUUCUGGCGGCUGCCGCAUCUCAGCUCGAGGCGGACGCAAAGAACGCAGGCUCACCAACGAAGAUCGUGCAACGCGCUGUCGAUAUCGUGGAUGUCGCUCAGGUCGACAAGUUCUGGAAGGAUCUCGCUGCUGAGAACAUCGUCGUCGAUGUUUGGGUCGCCAAUGCCGCGAAGGGGUCGGACCCGAAACCCUUGUUGACGCUGGGGGCGGAUGAGGUCUGGUCACAAGUUGAAGUGAAUGCUAAGUCGGCUCUUUAUUUCGCUGAAAGGUUCUACGCCCAGCCAGGCGAUGAAAGAAAGUUCAUUAUCAAUGUCUCGACCGCGUCGGUGCACGACACUGCUCAUCCCGGCGUGAGAGAUCGCCCAGCAUACACGCUUUCCAAAGCGACCAGCACUUUAGUCUUCCAACUACUUGCACAGGACGUGCCGGCCACAAAAGUCCAAGUUGUCAGCUUCCAUCCAGGCAUUAUCUACAGCGAUGGCUGGAUUAAGCUGGGCGUGCCACGCUCCGAUCUCUUCGAUGAAGAUGCUGUGCCUGGCUCGUUCGCUGUAUGGCUGGCAACUGAACAGGCUGAAUUCUUGCAUGGUCGUUUUGUGUGGAGUCUCUGGGAUGUGGAAGAGCUUGCGACUGGAGAGCUUCGAAAACGGAUCGAUUCAGAUCCUCACUUCCUGCGAUUGUCCAUCGUGGGGUUGAACGGGGGUGCACUCGCUUGA